AUGCGAGUUAACUUUGCUGGACAGAUUGUGAACGAUCAAGACAAGUCUACUACCAUUUUAGUAGACAGACCACAGGCUGAAGAAAUAAUGGGUGUGGAGAACGAGGAUAACGACAGCGUUGCGAAACCACCAACGGUUCCGGAACGAAGCGAUGAUGAUUCUGUAAACAUCAACCAGACUUUGGGUGGCGAAGAUGAUGAUACGACAAAGGCGAGAGAAAUGACAAAGGAUGGCGUUCCAAAUAGCUCUGGGGAAUCGACAGUUCCGCCUCUUCCGCCAACAAAAGCGUCCAGACAUCAAACAGGAGGGCCUCACAAAAAAGACUCUCUCCAGACCGUCAAUACAUCCAACCCGCCUCCGCCUGUUGAAGGAGAACUGGAACGUAACCAAUAUCUUCAGCCCGCUCCAGGUGCUGUUGUCGUACACGGUACCGAACUGUUGAAUGCCCAACCAGUCGAAGAAGAAGACUUGGAAAUACAACGACCCGUGCCCAUGGAAACUGUUUCGGCAGUGCCAAUCGAAGACGAGAAAGCGAAGACUUCCAAUGAACGUGGUUGCCCCAUCAAAUUCAUCUUGUUGGGUCUGCUCGUUGCGGCUGUGGUCCUUGCGGCCGGCUUGAUUAUUGGCCUUCGUAAGAACGAAACUAGCACCAAGACUCUGCUGUUUGCUACCAACUCUCCAACUCCCAUUGGAUUGACAGAGGCACCAAGCUCUUCCCCAACCUAUUAUUUGGAAUUUGGCCCGCCAAGUCCAGAAGAGUGUCGCAAUAUUGCUAAUGGCAAUCCGCUAAUGAACCAAGAGGAUCAAAUCUUGAGAAACUUUGAAAUUCAAUUGGAUGUCUCGUUUUCGCAAAACUUUACCACAAUGGACACACAACUGCUCAGUCUCCUUGACGAUGCAAUGCAACGAAAGUUGGCAACAUCCCUGGCUGGGUGUGGCGAAGUCGAUUAUCAAGGAGAAAGUAGAAAGCUACGACGAAGGCUCCUGCGCAAAAAUGUCGUUUCCAAUGCAGUAUUCCGCACAACUUUCCGAGACAGUGAUGAGCCCUGUCUACCCAAUUCCCCAGUCUUUUGCUAUCGAUCAGUUGCUACAGUUGAGCUUUAUCUGAAAGGGAAAGAGAGAAUCAACAAACUUCUUGGCUUGAUCACCAAUGCUUUUGAUCAUGAAUCAUUAGUGAACACUUUGGGUCUCGACCCACCAUUUUCGAGUGUCAUAUUUGCAGCCAUCAAGUCGACUGAUCCUACCGAAUCUCCAACGCAAGCUCCCACCUUCCAAGAUAGUGAUGCUGAAGACGAUCAACUUGAUGAUUUCUUGCUAGGUGACGAUGGCAUGGAUGAUUUCUUGCUAGAUGACGACGGAAUGGGUGACGAUGGCAUGGAUGAUUUCUUGCUAGAUGACGACGGAAUGGGUGACGAUGGCAUGGAUGAUUUCUUGCUAGAUGACGACGGAAUGGAUAGCAAUGGCACUGAUGAUUUCUUGCUUGAUGACGGUGUCAUGGGUGACGAUGGUACGGAUGAUUUCUUGCUCGAUGACGAUGGCACAGAUGAUUCCCUUCUCGAUGAUACAACAGGAGAUGAUGCCGUUGGCGGCAUUGGCGAUGAUGCCAUGGGAGAUGAUUUCAUGCUAGUAGAUGACAAUGUCAUGGAUGAUUUCUUGCUAGAAGAUGAUCGCCUUGACGAUGAUGGAAUCGAUGAUUUCACGGAAGGCGACGAUAUCACAGGAGAUGAUACCGUUGGGGGUAUCGGCGAUGAUGCUGCUGUCGAUGAUGUCACGGGAGAUGAUGUCUUACUAAAUGACGACGGAAUCGAUGGUUUCACUGGAGAUGACGCCACAGGAGAUGAUUGGGGUGCUGAUGAUUUCUUGCUCAAUGAUGUCACAGGAGAUGAUACCGUCGGCGGCAUUGGCGACGAUGCCACCGCUGAUGAUGCAACGGGAGAUGAUAUCUCGCCAGGUGACGAUGGUACGGAUGAUUUCUUGCUCGAUGACGAUUUCAUGGGUGACGACGGCAUAGAUGAUUUCUUGCUAGAAGACGAUGGAAUCGAUGACAUCAUCGGAGACGACGCGCUCUUUGGAGACGACGACGCAGUACAGGGCGCUGGAGUAGACGAUGUCACAACUGGCGGUGAGAGCACCGAUGACGUCGCUGUAGAUGAUGCUGUUGGAGGAGAUGAUGGCACAGAUGAUGUUGCACUUGAUGAUGAAAUUGGAGGUAGCGUCGGCACCGAUGAUAUAACUGUAGAUGAUGCUCCAGGACAAGAUGAUGUCCCAGCCGACGACGCUUUCAGGCAAGACGACGCCACAGGGGGCGUCGCAUUAGACGAUGAUGUUGGACAAGAUGAUACGGUAGAUCCUGCCACUGGGGAUAGUGGUCCAGCAAAAGCCCCCGUCACGACUUCACUGGAUCCCACAAUAACACCCUUCAGUGCCGCUCCCAUCACAAUUCCAGUGGAUCCCACUGUAUCGCCAACUCCCACUCCAACGAAGACCACAAUGGCACCGUCGAGUGCCACUCCCAUCACAAUUCCAGUGGAUCCCACUUUAUCGCCAACUUCUACUCCAACAAAGAUCACAAUGGCACCGUCGAGUGCCGCUCCCAUCACAACUCCUGUGGAUGCCACAAUAUCGCCAACUCCUGCUCCAACCAAGACCACAAUUGCACCGUCGAGUGCCGCUCCCAUCACAACUCCAGCGGAUCCCACAAUAUCACCAACUCCUGCUCCAACCAAGAUGCCAACCGCCCCUCCCACGUCUCGUCCAACUGCUGGUGAGGACCAAGAAGACGACCUCAUUGACGUCGAUGAUUUUGCUGGCGAUGAUCUUGGUGUUGGUGGAGUCGAUGACUUCUUUGAUGCGGACGAUGACUUUCUCACUGGCGGAGACGACGACGACGGUGAUGUUUAA